AUGAAUCAUCGACCGGAACAAGCGAAUCUUCCGCCAGUUCCCAUCAACACCCUGUCGAGACUCUUUACACGUUACCUGUCGGAAUGCAAGGUUGCUAAACAGUGGAAGACCAAUAAGACUCUGUUGCUGAACAAAAUGGGAGAUCCACAAGAUGGAGAAAAUCAUCUACGACUUCUACUCUGA